AUGUCUUCAACAGCCGUUGAUAUCAAGAAAACUCAAGCUGAAUUCUCAAAAUCCCUACAUGGGAAAGAAGUUGGUACCAAAACUGGUAUCUCUGCCUUAUUAUCCAAAGAUAAAAGCGCCCAAGAAGUUGCUGUCGCUGAUUAUCUAAAGCACUGGGAUGGUAAAACUGAUAAAGAUGCUGAAGAUAAAAGAUUAGAAGAUUAUAACCAAAGUACUCAUUCUUAUUAUAACGUUGUCACCGAUUUCUAUGAAUACGGUUGGGGUACUUCUUUCCAUUUCUCAAGAUAUUAUCCAGGUGAAGCCUUUUCUCAAGCUUCUGCUAGACAUGAACAUUAUUUAGCUAACAAAAUUGGUAUCAAAGAAGGUUGGAAAGUUCUUGAUGUUGGUUGUGGUGUUGGUGGUCCAGCUAGAGAAAUUGCUAGAUUCACCGGUGCCCACAUCACAGGUCUAAACAACAAUGAUUAUCAAAUUGAAAAAGCUAAUUACUAUGCUAAGAAAUUCAAAUUAGAUAACCAAUUGAAUUUCGUUAAAGGUGAUUUCAUGAAAAUGGAUUUCGAACCUGAAACUUUUGACGCUGUUUACGCUAUUGAAGCUACUGUCCAUGCUCCAGUCUUGGAAGGUGUUUAUGGUGAAAUCUUCAAAACUUUAAAACCAGGUGGUGUCUUUGGUGUUUAUGAAUGGGUUAUGACUGAAAACUAUGAUGAAACUAAUCCAGAACAUAGAAAAAUCGCUUAUGAAAUUGAAUUAGGUGAUGGUAUUCCAAAAAUGUAUUCUGUUGACGUUGCUAGAAAAGCUUUAGAAAAUGUCGGUUUUGAAAUUGAAUAUGAACAAGAUUUAGCUGAUUUAGAUGAUGAUAUCCCAUGGUAUUAUCCUUUAACUGGUGAUGUCAAAUAUAUCCAAUCAUUAUAUGAUAUAAGUACUUUUGUUAGAACAAGUUAUUUGGGUAGAAAAAUAACUACUGGAUUUGUUGGUUUAUUAGAAUUCUUACGUAUUGCUCCAAAAGGUUCAAAACAAGUCACCUUAGCCUUGGAAGAAGCUGCUGUUGGUUUAGUUGAAGGUGGUAAACAAAAAUUAUUCACCCCAAUGCAAUUGUUUGUUGCUAGAAAACCACUUAAAUAA